AUGGAUUGGAUGCCGACUGACCCGACAUUUUUACCUAAUGACUGGAACAUUUUUGGUUACAAGGAAGAAGGCGCCAAAGAUGCCAGAGCCAUCCGGAAAUUACAGAAAGAUGAGAUCCCCGUAGUAGAUGUGUUAUCAACAGAUGAGAGCUGGGACAGGUGGUUUUCUAGCGCAAUUGGAAUUUCGCCCCUUGAUCAAGAGAGGGAAGGGUUACAUCUGUUGUAG